AUGGUCUCGUCACGCAAACGGAAUAUUGAAGAAAUCGACGUUGUAGAACGAGAGGAGCCAACCCUACUCCAUCGCAUUCGCAGCCAAUGGCAAUUUGCCAACCUGUGUCAAUGGAUCUUUCUUUUCGGGAAGGUCGUUAAGAUUGACGACAGUCUGGACACCGAAGAUAUCGAAACCGAAUGCCUCAAGCCAAACGCUCCCGUGCUCCAGGACAUUGGCCUGGCUCUUCUCAAGUUCAUAUCGUCGCACAGAGGCUUGACGUACGCUUCAACCCAGAUCCCUCGCGUUUUCCGACCGCUGACCAGGAGCAGGCACGAAUUGUUCGACGAGUACACCAGAAGGCAAUAUUUAGCUAGAGCGCCCGAAAAGAAUCCGUUUGGUUCCGAUGAGAUUCAGAUUCUCCAACAAAUGACACAAUGGAUUAUGCUGCGUCCCGAACGCGUAAGGGAGAAGAUGGAGGAACAGAAGGAUGUUGACCAGGCCAGCUGGCGGAUAGAACCCCUGGGUUGGGAUAGGGAUGACCGCACCUACUUUGUCCUCGAUGACAAUAGGGUAUACCGCCUCACCGAUGCUCCACCAAAGCAAGUAACACCGAAGAAGAAGUCCAAGCCGACCAAGUACGGCUCUCGGUCUAACAAGAGGCGCCGCGUCUCUGCAGCAGAGGCUGCCGAUGAACCGGAUCAAACCCCAAAAGAAUCCACGGAAGCGCCUUCGCCUACUCGCGAGGACGACGGUCUCGGUGGCAUGAAGUGGGAAUGUGUUGCUGUGACCCUAGAAGAGGUCCAAGGGCUUAUCGCCUCUUUUCACAAGACCAAGGACGACAACGAGAAGAUACUGCGAGACUCUCUGCGAGACCACUUGCUGCCCAUUUUGGAGAAGCAAGAAGAGUCGAGGAAACGCAAAGAGCAACAACGCGAGAAGGAGCUUCUUAAUUUGGCGAAAAUGGCGAAUGCCAAACGAUCAAGCAGGAUCGCUGGCAAAGUUGAACAACAGAAGCAAGAGGAGAAGGCCAAGGAGGAGGCCCAAGUGGUCCAGGCUCAACAAGUUGCUGCAAGAAAAGAGGAGCAACAACGGCUCAAACUCGAAAAAGAGCGAGAUUCGAGGCUGUUGUCCCGUGAAAAGCGCCUGAAAGAGCGGGAAGCCCGGCGCUCACAGCACGAAAGGGAACUCUCUCAGCUUUCGGAAGACAACCGCAGUGGUUCAGGUCGCGUAUCUGAACGUCGACUGCAGGCUGAGAUAGAGAAGAACAAGCGUGCGCUUCAGGAGCUCGAUGACGAAGACGAAGAGGAUGACUGGAUCUUCGACUGCAUUUGUGGCGUUUAUGGCCAGGUAGAUGACGGGACGCAUAGUAUUUCCUGCGAGAAGUGCAAUGUCUGGCAGCACAGCAAGUGCGUAGGCAUAAACUUGCCGGCGACGCGCGGAGGAGGCGGCUGCAAGGCCACGGACGACAAUUAA